AUGAAUGUCAUUGGAUUGAUUGGAUUCGACUAUGAUUUCGAUAUUCAUGUUAAUUCAUCAAUAAAAAAAGCUUUUCAGGAUUUGAUAUUCCAUGCCGUAUUGCUUGUGAAUACACCCUGGAUUCCUCGAUGGUUAGGAAAAAUUUAUUUGAAAUAUAAUUGGAACUAUCAAAAAGCUUAUCGAUUGAUUCAUGAAUUGGCAGAAAAACUCGUUGAAGAAGAACAAAACAAACAAAGUGACAUAGAAAAUGAACGACCAAAGAAUCUAAUUGCAUCAUUAGUCUCAUCAUUGAAUGAACAAGCCAAUGAUGAACAUACUUCAUCAGGUAUAACACGUGCGGAGAUGUUCGACGAGAUUUUAAUGAUGAUCUUAACUGGUUAUGAAACGACAUCAACUGCUCUUUCAUGGUUCAUAUUCUUCGCAAGUAAAAAUUCUCAAGUGCAACAACGUAUGAAAGACGAAUUACGUGAGCAUCAUCUUUUAAUGACUGAUGAUCUCACAGAUGCACCACGGCUAACGUCAGAAAAUUUAGCAUCACUAACCUAUUGUGAAUGUGUAACAAAAGAGGUCUUACGUCUGGCUCCAGUCGUUUCACUCACGACACGUAUAGCUACUUGUGAUACCACUGUUGAUAAUGUAAAGAUUCAUCGUGGUCAAACUGUUUUUAUCGCUUUACAUAACAUCAAUACUGAUGCUCGGUAUUGGCAUCAUGGUGAUCCUCGACAAUUUUUACCAGAAAGAUUUUUAGCUGAAGAUCAAAAUCACCAUCCAUUAACGAUGAUUCCAUUUGGUGGUGGACAUCGAGCAUGUAUUGGACAAGAAUUAGCUUGGCUAGAAUUGAAAACAGUCAUUGUCCGAUUGAUGCAACGUGGUAUUACAUUCGAAGAUACGCUGGAAAAUACUGGUGGUUAUGACGAACGACUUACCUGUUUUCCAAAAAACUUAGCAGUGCGUGUACACUUCGAUAAAUAUUAA